AUGGAGAUCUCACCAGCAGGUGAAUGGACCUCGUGGUUUAAUGUGGACCAUCCUGGAGGCGAGGGGGAUUUUGAGACCCUGGAGGCCAUCCGAUUCUACUAUCGGGACCGUGUCUGUGCCCAGCCCAUGGCCAUCCAGGCUCGGACCACGGAGUGGGAACUUCCGGAAGAGGUGGGACAGGUUGUUCACUACAGUGUCCAGGAUGGUUUCCGGUGCCUCAACCAGGAGCAACCUCCAGGAAAGAGCUGCUCCAACUACCACAUCCGAUUCCUCUGUCCCACAGAUCCUACGGACUGGAUGGCCUGGUCGGACUGGUCCUCCUGGAGCACCUGCUCACGGACAGCGUGUGGUCUCCGUGGAGUCCAAAGCAGGCACCGAACCUGCUUGAGUAAGUCUCAGCAAGCACUGGACAAGAUGCUCAAGUGCCCAGGGAAGGCCAAGGACCGCCGAGUCUGCAGCGCCGGACCUUGCCCAGAACCCCAGUGGAGCAAGUGGGGGCCGUGGGGGCCCUGCUCCAAGAGCUGUGGCAGAGGCGGGAAGCGAGUCCGGCGGCGAAGCUGCCAGAAGUUCAAGCUCUCGGGCUGUGCCGGGCCCCCCUCGGAGGUACAGAAAUGCUCCGAACGCCCCUGCCCAGCUUGCCAGCUGCGCUGUGAUGUGGGCAUCCCCAGCAAGGACUGUACCAGCUGCACCUGUCCCAACCACACGCUCCUAGGCACCGUCAGGAGUGUGGGUGGGACAGCUCUUGCCGAUGCCCAGAUUUCUCUUGGUGACCGGACACAGGCCCUGCUGGCCCGAAGCAACCUCCGGGGGCAAUUCACAGUCCGAGGUGUCUGUGUCAGAAACGGGACCAGCGUACGUGCAACCCACAAGCACUUUGCCCCGGGUAGUGCCUCUGCGGCCUCCAACAGCUCUUUGAUUUCCACGGUGGAGAUCGUGCUCCGUAGACCCGAGAAACCUUCCAUGGUGGUCCAUCCGGAAUCCAAAGUGAGGACACUUGGGCAAAGAGUCAAGUUUUGUUGUGGUGCUCAAGGCAUUCCUGCGCCAGAAAAAUAUUUCUGGUAUCACAACGGAACACUCCUGGACCGGAAAGCCUUCAAGUACAACAGCAGCUUAGUCCUACACAAUUUGGAGGCCCAGCAGGCUGGAGAGUACCACUGCAAAGCUAGCAAUGAGCACGGUGCCAUCAAAUCCUCCAUUGCCCACUUGAGAGUGAGGGACCCAGGAGUCGCAGACUGCGCAGCUCAGCCAGAGGAAUACCUCAUCAAACUCCCUGAAGAGUGUAUCCAAGAGGAAUCGGGGUCCUCCUUCUACAACGUGGGUCACUGCCCCAGUGCUCACUGUGCUGGGAACUUAGCCGAUAAGCUGCAAUGCCAAGACCACAUGGAGCGCUGCUGCGGGAUACUGCGCAUGGAGGUGCGGAAGAUCCGCUGCACAGGUUACGUUCUGCCCAUCAAGGUGGUCACACAGUGCGGGUGCACCUCCUGCACCCAGCCCAAAAUCUUAGUCCGGGGGAGAGCUUCUGCAGCGGAUGACAACGAACCCCUGCGUUUCGGCGAGAUCUACCUGGGUGCCCAGAAGUUGGGCUUCACUGGUUACACAGGUACUUUCACCAUCGAGGUGCCUCCUGAGAUGCAGAGACUUGUGGUCAAGUUUGUGGACAGGAUGCAGAAGUUUGCAGACGCGGUCAAAGUCUUUCCUUUUGACCAACGUGGUGGAGCAGUCUACCAAGAAGUCAAACUCAUUCGGAGGAAGAAGCCUGUUGACUUGGAUCCAACAGAGACCAACAUCAUCCCGCUGGGAGAGGUAACAGGAGAGGUCCCCAUAGGAGAGAUCGUGAUCCCACCAGGGUCUUUCUUCAAAACCACGGGACAGGUAUACAACGGGACAGUCCAGGCCAGUAUUACUUUUGUAGAUCCCAGAGACCUGACCUUGGUGAAUGCUGCUUCCAGCGACCUGAAUUUCAUCAAUGAGGAAGGGGACCUCCUUCCUCUCCGGACCUAUGGCAUGUUUUCCGUGGACUUCUGGGAAGAAGAAACCCACCAAGGCUUAGAAACUGGGCGUCUGGAAAUCAGGAUGGAUGCUGAGCUCAUCACAAUGCCAGAGCACAUCGAGCAAAUGAAGCUGUGGUCCCUGAACCCUGUGACGGGCCUUUGGGAGGAGGAAACAUCCUUAAAGCUUGUGAAGGGCAGCCGUAAGAAGCGGGAAGAGAGAACCUUUCUGGUUGGCAACCUGGAGAUCCGUGAGCGGCGCCUGUUCAACCUCGAUGUCCCAGAGAACCGCCGUUGCUUUGUCAAGGUCCGAACUUACAUCAAUGAGAAGUUCAACCCCACUGAGCAGCUGGAGGGAGUGGUUGUGACCCUCAUCAAUCUGGAGCCCCGGCCUGGUUAUCCGUCCAACCCUCAGGCGUGGGGUCGCUUCGAUAGCGUUGUGACGGGCCCCAACGGCGCCUGCUUGCCUGCUUUCUGUGAUGGCGAACGGGCCGACGCCUACACAGCCUAUGUCACGGCAACCAUGGGAGGGGAGGAGUUGGAGGCGGUGCCCUCCAGCCCGAAGCUGGACCCCCGUGCCGUGGGGGUUUCCCAGCCUUACCUCCACAAGCUGGGCUACCAACGGACGGACCACGAAGACCCUGCCCUCAAGAAGACAGCCUUCAAGAUCAACCUCGCCCGGCCCAACCAGAACAACAUUGACGAGACCAAUGGGCCAAUCUACCCCUACCGGAGCCUGAAGGACUGUGAGCAGGCCCCCACUUCAGCCAACCAUUUCCGGUUCUACCGCGUGGAAGAUGACAAAUACGAGUAUAAUGUGGUGCCCUUUAAGGAGAGCGACCUGACCACCUGGAUGCGGGACUACCUUUCCUGGUGGCCAAACCCACAAGAGUUCCGGGCCUGCUAUAUCAAGGUGAAAAUCAACGGACCCCAAGAAUUCUUGCUGCGGUCCCAAAACUGGGGUGGCAGCCAUCCGAGGACUCGGGGACAACUCUACGGCCUCCGAGACUCCCGUAGCGUCCGAGACCUUGAAAUAGAUAAUAGUUCAGCCGCCUGUGUUGAGUUCAAAUGUAGCGGGAGGUUGUUUGACCAAGGGCAGGUAGACAGGACUUUAGUGUCCAUCAUCCCGCAGGGGAGCUGUCGUCGAACAGCAGUCAACAGCUACCUUCAGGAGUACCUGAGCCGUCACCCGCCCUUGGUCGAGAACAAUGACACGUCGGCCUUCUCCAUGUUGGCUCCAGUGGAUCCACUGGGCCACAAUUAUGGCAUCUACACAGUGACAGACCAGAAUCCACGCCUGGCCAAGGAGAUUGCCAUCGGCCGGUGCUUUGAUGGCACCUCGGAUGGAUUCUCACGGGAGAUGAAGUCCAACAGGGGCACGGCCCUGACUUUCACCUGCCAGGAGAAGCCCGUGGGACGCAAGAGCUUCUUCCAGCGAUUACUGGAAUCUCCGGGACAGGCACUGACGGAGAUCCGGCGGGAGAUGAGUGGGAAUGAACAACGACGGGGCCCGUCCCAAGUCAUGUCUUACCCAUCGGGGCCGCGGGCCAUGCUUACCUCACAGGCCCGCCGGGCAUCCAGCCGCCGAAGGAGGGUGGGCGCAUCCCAACUGUGA